GAGGACGACAUGGGUCAUCAACAGCUCUACUGGAGUCACUCAGGAAAAUUCGGCCAAAGUUCCCGCUGUUGCCAAGUAUGCUCCAACCGGCAUGGUCUGACCCGGAAAUACAGCCUGAACAUGGGCCGCCAGUGUUUCCACCAGUACGCCAAGGAUAUAGGCUUCAUCAAGUUGGAUUAA